AGAAGCCCUCGGGCGGCAGCUCACGUGCGUCCGAGGAGGACACGGGGGCGGAGCCUCGGCGGGGCUCGCCCAAUGGCCUCCCUGCCAGCGUCGGCGCAGCCAAUGGCGAGGCGGGGAGGGGGCGCGGCGGCCAGGAGCCCCCCGCCCCGUGGGGCAGCGCCCGCCAGCAGCAGCCCCUGCCCGCCCGCCCGCCCGCGGCGGGGAGGGAUGGAAGCGGCUCCUCGGCCCGGAUCGCGCUCGCCGCCGCCGCCUGCCCGCCCCGGUCCGCGGCAGCCGCUGCGCGCAGCCCCUCCGCUCCUCCAUCUCCUGGCGCAGCAGGGCGGCGAGGGUCGCGCCGGGCCGGGCGACGGGCUGGGCUGCUGCCCCCUCCCUGCUGCCGCCCGGGCCGGCCCCUUCCCGAGCGGGCUGACUCCCGGCGAGCCGACCUCGGCCUCCCUGCUCCACGCUCGGGCCUCGCCCGCGGGACGCGCAGGCACUUGCUUCCCCGCCAGGUCUGGGACACCCCAAAGCUGAAGGGCACAGAGGAGAUGCUGUGAGUGACUGUGGUCCACCCCCAACCCCCCCCCCGGGAGCAACUGGCGCCGCCGUCUUCUCCAGCAGCAGACGCAGAGACCUGCGCUCCGUGCCAGUGCUGGCUCCUGAUCUCUGCCUCCUCGGCGGUUCCUCCAGCGCAAGCCCACAGAGACCCUUGCUCCUGCCAGGCUGAGAGCCCCGUUUCUGCCUCUGCAGCUGGGGACGAAGUCUCGAUGGGAACGGCAAAUGGCCGCCGCUUUUAAGGAUGACCUCUGCAGACUUGAAGCCACCCCUGUUGGGAAAAGAGGAGCUGGUGACGCAGGACGCCUUCAUGGCCUCCACUUAGGAGGUGAGGCGUCUGUAUUUGCGCAGGAGGCACCGCGAGUUGCUCGCUCGCUCGCUCGCUCUGGGCACGCUCCUGGGAGAGGAGCGAGCGUUGAAUGACUCCUUCGAGAGAAAGAGACCCUGACGCUGUUUGCUAGCAAGGCUGGGGCGGCAUCAGAGGGAAGGGCCGUCCCUGGCAGUCUGGUUGGCAGCUGUGCACCCUGCCCCACCCCCUGGGGGA